AUGUAUCUUGGUUGCGGGCACAUCCCCAGUAGGAGAUGUGCAGAAGGCGGCUGAUUGAUGUUUCUCUCUCAUCGAUGUUUCUAACUAUCUCCCUUCCUCUCUGUAAAAAAUCAAUAAAAUAUAUUUAAAAAAAUAAAAUAUAUUUUUAUUGAUUUCAGAGAGGUAGGGAGAAGGAGAGAGGGAUAGAAACAUCAACGAUGAGAGAGAAUCAUUCACUGAUCCGCUGCUUCCUACACGCCUCCCACUGGGGAUCGAGCCCACAACCCAGGCAUGUGCCCUGACCAGGAAUUGAACCAGGACCUCCUGGUUCAUAGAUCGAUGCUCAACCACUGAGCUAUAGGGGCCAGCCCCCUUGCCUUCAGUUUUAGGGCCCUAGAUCAAAUGCUAUCUGGGAGAGUCAACUGGUUUACUCCAAUGGAGUCCCCUGGUGUGCCCAGCUGGGGCUAGAAGAGGACCAGCCCCUUCUCUGUGGGUGGGCAGUACAGGAUGAUUUGACAACUUCAGGAUAACAUCCAGGACAUAUUUGCACUAUAUCAUUGGGAAGUGUUGAGUGUGCUGGUAAAACUAGGAGCACCAAUCCAUACCCAAGUUAUAAAAUAUAAAAAAUAAAUUCCCUCUUUGAGAUCCACAAAGUAUGGCACUUAAGUUUGAGUUAUGUGCUCAAGGAAUGGAACUCCCUGAUAGGACCAAAACAAACAUGACUGAAGCUUCUGCUGAACAUUCUAAAGCAGCAGUCACCAACCGGUGGUCCCCGGACCACUGGUGGUCCGUGAGGUCCGAAAUGUUGGCAACUGCUGUUCUAAAGAGAUACAGGAUAAGAGACACUCAGAGGGGCUUCGGGUACGGGGAUUAAAUAAACUGGACAGGUGCACUACAUACAGGAACACAAAGACAGCUGGAUCUAGAGAGGAGAGACCCUGACGGUCUGAGGCUGACAUGGCCCCACACAAGCAGCAAAAAGGAACAUCAUUGACCUUUGAGAGAGCGACAGGAUGAGGGCAAAGUGCCCCCCACUGGUGCUACUUGAAUAGUGCUGGUGCUGAGAGGUGAGAGCUGCUGAGGUGGAGGCCUGUUUGUGGAGUAUGACUGGGGUCUCCUGCAAGCAGUGCCUCAGUUUCUCCCUUUGUCUCAAGUUCUCAAGCUUUGCAGGUAAAGUUUGGACUAGCUGCCCUGGAAGAUUACCUGUUUGUGAGUUGAAGGGGGUAUGUGUGUGAGGAAGAGGGAUUUCAUGAGCAGUGUGUGCCAGAUCAUGGGAGGAAUUGGGCCAUGCCCCAGGACUUGAGCCAUCUCUGGCACAAAAGGAGUUAAUGGCAAGGACCGCGCCCCCCGUGUCCGGGCACGCGCAGCGCGCCCCCUUGGUGCGCGGGCACAGCAGCCAAGCAGCCAGAGAGCAGAUCUCGGGGAUUCGGGUGCGGAGCCCUUGGCCUGGAAGCGAUAUGGGUGGUCCGAGGCCCGGUUCAGUCGCUUGCAACAGCCAGGGGAACAGGCCUGUCUGGCCCUGAGGGAGUCUUCUUUCUGAAGCUGUGGUGCUUGGAUGACCUGCUCUCUACGUGGCCAGCACCUGUAGGUGUCCCUCAAGAGCUCAGUUUUGAGGUUCCAGUCAGUGUGGCCAUGAAGGGGCUGCCUAUUGGGCUGAUGCUGUGACCCUGGAAUCUGCCUUUCCUGCCAGUCCCCCUGCCCGGAACAUGUGGCUGUGGCUUGGCCUGCCCUGGCUGCCCCUGAGCCCCAAGCCCACAGUUGGCCGGAGCCUGUGCCUCACCCUGUGGUUCCUCGGCUUGGUGCUAAGGGCCAGUACACAGGCCCCAGCGCCCACAGUCAAUACUCACUUUGGAAAGCUAAGGGGUGCCCGGGUACCAUUGCCCAGUGAGAUCCUGGGGCCUGUGGACCAAUACCUGGGGGUGCCCUACGCAGCUCCUCCGAUCGGCGAGAAACGCUUCCUGCCCCCUGAACCACCCCCAUCCUGGUCUGGCAUCCGGAACGCCACACACUUUCCCCCAGUGUGCCCCCAGAACAUCCACACAGCUGUGCCCGAAGUCAUGCUGCCUGUCUGGUUCACUGCCAACUUGGAUAUCGUCGCCACUUACAUCCAAGAGCCCAAUGAAGACUGCCUCUACCUGAAUGUCUAUGUGCCCACGGAGGAUGGAUCCGGCGCUAAGAAACAGGGCGAGGACUUAGCGGAUAAUGACGGGGAUGAAGAUGAAGACAUCCGGGACAGUGGUGCUAAGCCCGUCAUGGUCUACAUCCAUGGAGGCUCUUACAUGGAAGGGACAGGCAACAUGAUUGAUGGCAGCGUCCUCGCCAGUUAUGGCAACGUCAUCGUCAUCACCCUCAACUAUCGGGUUGGGGUGCUAGGUUUCCUGAGCACUGGAGAUCAGGCUGCCAAGGGCAACUAUGGGCUCCUUGACCAAAUUCAGGCGCUCCGCUGGGUGAGUGAGAAUAUUGCCUUCUUCGGUGGCGAUCCCCGUCGUAUCACAGUCUUUGGCUCAGGCAUCGGUGCGUCCUGUGUCAGCCUCCUCACGUUGUCACAUCACUCUGAGGGGCUUUUUCAGAGGGCCAUCAUCCAAAGUGGUUCUGCUCUAUCCAGCUGGGCUGUGAACUACCAACCAGUGAAGUAUACCAGCCUGCUGGCAGACAAGGUGGGCUGUAAUGUGCUAGACACAGUGGAUAUGGUGGACUGUCUUCGGCAAAAGAGUGCCAAGGAGCUAGUAGAACAGGACAUCCAGCCAGCCCGCUACCAUGUGGCCUUUGGCCCUGUGAUUGAUGGUGAUGUCAUCCCUGAUGACCCUGAGAUUCUCAUGGAACAGGGUGAGUUCCUCAAUUAUGACAUCAUGUUAGGUGUCAACCAGGGUGAGGGGCUCAAGUUUGUGGAAGGGGUGGUGGACCCUGAGGAUGGUGUCUCUGGCACUGACUUUGACUACUCCGUCUCCAACUUUGUGGACAAUCUAUAUGGAUAUCCUGAGGGUAAGGAUACCCUGCGGGAGACCAUCAAGUUUAUGUACACAGACUGGGCAGACCGUGACAACCCUGAGACCCGCCGUAAAACACUGGUGGCACUCUUCACUGACCACCAGUGGGUGGAACCCUCAGUGGUGACAGCUGAUCUGCAUGCCCGCUAUGGCUCACCUACCUACUUCUACGCCUUCUACCAUCACUGCCAGAGCCUCAUGAAGCCUGCUUGGUCAGAUGCAGCUCAUGGGGACGAAGUACCCUAUGUUUUCGGUGUCCCUAUGGUGGGCCCCACUGACCUCUUCCCCUGCAAUUUCUCCAAGAAUGACGUUAUGCUCAGUGCUGUUGUCAUGACCUACUGGACCAACUUUGCCAAGACCGGGGAUCCCAACAAGCCGGUCCCCCAGGACACCAAGUUUAUUCACACCAAGGCCAACCGCUUUGAGGAAGUGGCCUGGUCCAAAUACAACCCCCGAGACCAGCUUUACCUUCACAUCGGGCUGAAACCGAGGGUUCGAGAUCAUUACCGGGCCACUAAGGUGGCGUUUUGGAAACACCUGGUGCCCCACCUAUACAACCUGCAUGACAUGUUCCACUAUACGUCCACAACCACCAAAGUGCCACCCCUGGAUACCACCCACAGCUCCCACAUCACCCGAAGGCCCAACGGUAAGACCUGGAGCACCAAGCGGCCAGCCAUCUCCCCUGCCUAUAGCAAUGAGAAUGCCCAAGGGUCCUGGAAUGGGGAUCAGAAUGCAGGGCCACUCUUGGUGGAGAACCCUCGUGACUACUCCACUGAAUUAAGUGUCACCAUCGCUGUGGGGGCCUCCCUUCUGUUCCUUAAUGUUCUGGCCUUCGCUGCCCUCUACUACCGUAAGGACAAACGACGUCAGGAGCCCCUGCGGCAGCCUAGCCCUCAGAGGGGAGCCGGGGCCCCCGAAUUGGGAGCUGCUCCUGAGGAGGAGCUGGCAGCAUUACAGCUGGGCCCCACUCACCAUGAGUGUGAGGCCGGUCCCCCUCACGACACACUGCGCCUCACUGCGCUGCCCGACUACACUCUGACCCUGCGGCGCUCCCCUGAUGACAUCCCACUCAUGACCCCCAACACCAUCACUAUGAUUCCCAAUUCCCUGGUAGGGCUGCAGACAUUGCACCCCUAUAACACCUUUGCCGCAGGGUUCAACAGUACUGGGCUGCCCCACUCACACUCCACUACCCGGGUAUAGCUCCAGCCCAGAGCACAGCCUAUCUCCUGGCUCCCUUCCUCCCAGAUCCACGAACACACAUGCACACACAGACACACAGAGAAACACAUACAGAUAUAUAUGUAUACGCACGCACCCACGCCCAACAGCAGACCCACCUGCACAAACAUAGAUAGACGUGGACAUGCACCCGCAUGUACAAAAACACAAAUAAGGAAGUAAACCUAAACAAACCCUCCAACUGGGGAUGCAAAUGAGUCCUUGGGAAACUGAGGACCCAUGGGACAGCAGCUGAAGCCAGCUCCUUGAGCCUGACCGCAGACUCUCCUGGGGGCCUGAAAGCACCAGCUGGACACCCCCUUGGUGCUUGCCCUCCGCCUCUCUUGGAACUGCACCAUCAACCAACUCCAGACUUGGGAGCUGUAAAGAGCAGAGUAGCUCUUUCUCCCCUAGACUUGAUCUUUUUUUUCUGGUCUUGUUUUUGUUGAUUUAAAAAAAAAAAAAAGGAACAAAUCCUUCUCCAACCUGUGAGUGCGAAGAAGCUCCAGAAGGGAGGGCCCCAGCCCAGGCCUUUCUGGCUCCAGUGUUCACAGAAUCCGACCAAGGAACAGGACCCUCAAGAAAGAAACAGAUUUGAGUAAGACCACAGGUUGGAAGGAGGAAGGGGCUAUGGCCGGAUGGGGCUGGAGGCCAUAGGGGAGAACUCUCCAGCCAUCUCUGUGUCCCUGUGAAGGGCUGCAGACUGCAGAGUAGAUUUGGUGAAUGAGGUUCUGUGGAGUUCACGCCUCUGUCCUCGGGGUAAUGCCAUCAGAAAUUCACCCCAUUUUAUUUACAGUCUCUUGUGUCUGUCAUUUCUCUUUCAAAAAGGCAGUGUUUUUUGUUGUCGUUGGCUUUUUUUUUUUUUAAGAAAAGUUCUUAAAACACUAACAGAAA